AUGGAUCCGCUAACGAAGGGGUCCUGUGGGAGUCAGAUGGCCCAAACCCUUCUAUGGAAAGCAAAGUCGUCACUCUCCUUCGGUAUCCAGCCCCUUCAGACGUGGCCAAUGAAAGACCCGGAACUAGAGUCCCAGGUCAACCUCUCUGUCUCGGAAGACCUAGGCUGUAGACGUGGGGAUUUCAGUAGGAAACAUUAUGGAUCUGUGGAGCUGCUUAUUUCCAGUGAUGCUGAUGGAGCCAUCCAAAGGGCUGGAAGAUUCAGAGUGGAAAAUGGCUCUUCAGAUGAGAAUGCAACUGCUCUGCCAGGUACUUGGAGACGAACAGACGUGCACUUAGAGAACCCGGAAUACCACACCAGAUGGUAUUUCAAGUAUUUUUUAGGACAAGUGAAAGUUAGAAAGAAAGUUUUAAGUGUGCGCUACGUGAUGAUCCCUUUUGCUGAGCAUGGUACCCAGAAAAUAUGCCUUCCCUACAGCCCCACAAAAACUCUUUCUGUGAAGUCCAUCUUAAGUGCCAUGAAUCUGGAGAAAUUUGAGAAAGGCCCCAGGGAGAUUUUUCAUCCUGAAAUACAAAAGGACUUGCUGGUUCUUGAAGAACAGGAGGGCUCCGUGAAUUUCAAGUUUGGGGUCCUUUUUGCCAGAGACGGGCAGCUCACUGACGAUGAGAUGUUCAGCAAUGAAAUUGGAAGUGAAGCUUUUCAAAAAUUUUUAAGUCUCCUGGGUGACACAAUUACUCUAAAGGGCUGGACAGGCUACCGCGGCGGUCUGGACACCAAAAAUGACACCACAGGGAUACACUCAGUUUAUACUGUGUACCAAGGGCACGAGAUCAUGUUUCAUGUUUCCACCAUGUUGCCCUACUCCAAAGAGAACAAGCAACAGGUGGAAAGGAAGCGCCACAUUGGAAAUGAUAUCGUCACCAUUGUGUUCCAGGAAGGAGAGGAAUCUUCUCCUGCCUUUAAGCCUUCCAUGAUCCGCUCCCAUUUCACACAUAUUUUUGCCUUAGUGAGGUAUGAUCAACAAAAUGACAAUUACAGGCUGAAAAUAUUUUCAGAAGAAAGCGUACCACUCUUUGGCCCACCCUUGCCAUCCCCACCGGUGUUUACAGACCACCAGGAAUUCAGGGAUUUUUUGUUAGUGAAAUUAAUUAAUGGUGAAAAAGCCACUUUGGAAACCCCAACAUUUGCCCAGAAACGUCGGCGUACUCUGGAUAUGUUGAUUCGAUCUUUACACCAGGAUCUGAUGCCAGAUUUGCAUAAGAACAUGCUUAAUAGACGAUCUUUUAGUGAUGUCUUACCAGAGUCACCCAAGUCAGCACGGAAGAAAGAGGAGGCCCGCCAGGCAGAGUUUGUUAGGAUAGGGCAGGCACUAAAACUGAAAUCCAUUGUGAGAGGUGAUGCUCCAUCAAGUUUGGCAGCUUCAGGGAUCUGUAAAAAAGAGCCUUGGGAGCCCCAGUGUUUCUGCAGUAAUUUCCCUCACGAAGCCGUGUGUGCAGAUCCCUGGGGCCAGGCCUUGCUGGUUUCCACUGAUGCUGGCGUCUUGCUAGUGGAUGAUGACCUCCCAGCAGUGCCCGUGUUUGACAGAACCCUGCCAGUGAAGCAGAUGCAUGUGCUCGAGACGCUGGACCUUCUCGUUCUCAGAGCAGACAAAGGAAAAGAUGCCCGCCUCUUUGUCUUCAGGCUGAGUACUCUGCAAAAGGGCCUUGAGGGGAGACAGGCCGGGAAGAGCAGAUCUGACUGCCGAGAAAACAAGCUGGAGAAGACAAAAGGCUGCCACCUGUAUGCCAUUAACACCCACCACAGCAGAGAGCUGAGGAUUGUGGUCGCGAUUCGGAAUAAACUGCUUCUGAUCACAAGGAAACAUAACAAGCCAAGCGGAGGAGCCAGCAUGCCGUUGUUAUCGCCCCUGUCAGAGCCCCCUGUUGAAGAGUUCCAGUACAUCAGGGAAAUCUGCCUGUCUGACUCUCCCGUGGUGAUGACCUUAGUGGACGGGCCCACUGAAGAGAGUGACAAUCUCAUCUGCGUGGCUUACCGACACCAAUUCGAUGUGGUAAAUGAGAGCACAGGAGAGGCCUUCAGGCUGCACCACGUGGAGGCCAACAGGGUUAAUUUUGUUGCAGCUAUUGAUGUGUAUGAAGAUGGAGAAGCUGGCCUGCUACUGUGUUACAACUACAGUUGCAUCUAUAAAAAGGUUUGCCCAUUUAAUGGUGGCUCUUUUUUGGUUCAACCCUCUGCGUCAGAUUUCCAGUUCUGUUGGAACCAAGCUCCUUGUGCGAUUGUCUGUGCUUUCCCAUACCUCCUGGCCUUCACCACAGACUCCAUGGAGAUCCGCCUGGUGGUGAAUGGGAACCUGGUCCAUACUGCUGUGGUGCCGCAGCUGCAGCUUGUGGCCUCCAGGUCGGAUAUAUACUUCACGGCUGCUGCCACCGUGCACGAGGGCUCAUCUGGAGGCAGCUCCAAGGGGACCAGCACCCACAAUUCUCCUCAGACACCCCCGGGCCGAGAUACUCCAGUAUUUCCUUCUUCCCUGGGGGAAGGUGAAAUUCAGUCAAAAAAUCUGUACAAGAUUCCACUUAGAAAUCUCGUCGGCAGAAGCAUCGAGCGACCCCUGAAGUCGCCCUUGGUCUCCAAGGUCAUCACCCCGCCCACUGCCAUCAGCGUAGGCCUCGCUGCCAUUCCUGUCACGCAUUCCCUGUCCCUGUCUCGAAUGGAGAUCAAAGAGAUAGCAAGCAGGACUCGCAGGGAGCUGCUGGGCCUCUUAGAUGAGGGUGGACCCAGGUCUGAAGGAGUGUCAAAGGCCAAACCAAAAACCCGGAAGCGGUUAGAAGAAAGCCAAGGAGACCCCAAGCCAGAGGCAGUGAGGUCAACCAGUAGUGACAGGAUCCCAUCGGGUUCCUUGGAAAGUCCUCUGGCUUCUGAAGCCGAUCCUGAGAGGCGUUACCACUCGACCAGCUCUGACCAGGACCCUGCGGCAGGCAGAGAGAGCAGCCCAGUCUCGGGCAGCAGCCCCUUUCAGCUCCCAGCUUCCUCAGACGAAGACAUUAUUGACUUGAAGUAACAAGAGUCUGAAUCUCGUUUGCCAUUUUUCAUUUUCUUAUGGAGGUUUAUACUCUUUAAACAGUUCCCAAGUCACUUCUCAACAAAAUGUGGCUUUUAGCCUGUCAUUGAUCUCUUGGACCAAACCUUCUGCAACUCGGCCAGUUUAGGUCACUCUCCAAUGUCCAGUGCCAUCUUCCUUGACCUUUGUUUCUUUCUGUUCAGAAACCAUCAGUCCCCUUGUAAUAAAGGCGGUAGAUUUCACUGAAGUUUUAGAUUGAAACUUUGAAUAAAUCAAAAAUGUUCAUUCUUAA